GGAGGAUAUGGUGUGCCUAUCAUGCACAGCAACUGGAGAGAGAGUUUGCUUAGCAGCUGAGGGCUUUGGUAACCGUCACUGUUUUCUAGAAAAUAUUGCUGAUAAGAAUAUACCACCAGACCUUUCAACAUGUGUAUUUGUUAUUGAACAAGCUCUAUCAGUAAGAGCACUUCAGGAGUUAGUUACAGCAGCUGGAUCUGAAGAGGGAAAGGGAACUGGAUCUGGUCACAGGACUCUUCUUUAUGGAAAUGCUAUACUACUCCGGCACCAAAACAGUGACAUGUAUCUGGCUUGUUUAUCUACCAGUUCAUCAAAUGACAAGCUCUCAUUUGAUGUUGGUUUACAAGAACAUUCCCAAGGCGAAGCUUGUUGGUGGACCGUACACCCUGCUUCUAAACAGAGAUCAGAAGGUGAAAAAGUGAGAGUUGGUGAUGAUUUAAUUCUUGUGUCUGUAGCCACUGAAAGAUAUUUGCAUACUGCUAAAGAAAACGAUCAAUCUAUUGUAAAUGCAUCUUUCCAUGUAACUCAUUGGUCUGUUCAGCCUUAUGGAACUGGUAUCAGCAAAAUGAAGUAUGUUGGUUAUGUGUUCGGAGGAGAUGUGUUAAGAUUUUUCCAUGGUGGGGAUGAAUGCCUUACCAUUCCAUCAACUUGGAGUGAAACCCCUGGACAAAAUGUGGUAGUUUAUGAAGGAGGGAGUGUUUUGAGUCAAGCUCGUUCACUUUGGAGAUUGGAACUGGCUAGGACAAAAUGGUCUGGUGGUUUCAUUAAUUGGUAUCAUCCAAUGAGGAUACGACAUCUCACCACUGGUAGAUACUUAGGAGUUAAUGAAAAUAAUGAAUUACACCUCGUUGUUAGGGAGGAAGCCACAACAGCAUUAUCUACAUUCAUUUUAAGACAAGAAAAAGAUGACCAAAAAGUAGUAAUGGAAGAUAAGGAUUUAGAAGUAAUAGGAGCUCCAAUAAUAAAAUAUGGUGACAGUACUGUUUUAGUCCAACAUUCAGAAAGUGGUUUAUGGUUAACUUAUAAGUCAUUCGAAACUAAGAAAAAAGGUGUGGGUAAAGUAGAAGAAAAACAAGCUGUACUUCAUGAGGAGGGAAAAAUGGAUGAUGGAUUAGACUUUAGUAGAAGUCAAGAAGAAGAAUCAAGGACUGCUAGAGUAAUAAGGAAAUGUUCCUCACUUUUCACUCAAUUUAUUAGGGGUCUAGAAACUCUGCAAAUGAAUCGAAGACAUUCUCUGUUUUGCGCUAGUGUAAAUUUAAAUGAAAUGGUCAUGUGUUUAGAAGAUUUAAUUAAUUACUUUGCCCAGCCUGAGGAAGAUAUGGAACAUGAGGAAAAACAAAACCGGUUAAGAGCUUUGAGAAACAGACAAGAUUUGUUCCAAGAAGAAGGAAUUUUAAAUCUUAUCUUAGAAGCCAUUGAUAAAAUUAAUGUUAUAACAUCCCAAGGUUUCUUAGUCAGUUUAGCUGGAGAUGAGUCUGGACAGAGCUGGGAUAUAAUCUCAGGAUAUUUGUAUCAACUGCUAGCUGCCAUCAUAAAAGGAAAUCAUACUAAUUGUGCUCAAUUUGCUAACACAAAUAGAUUAAACUGGUUAUUUAGCAGACUAGGUUCUCAAGCUUCAAGUGAGGGCACAGGUAUGUUGGAUGUACUUCAUUGCGUCUUAAUUGAUUCUCCAGAAGCUUUGAAUAUGAUGAGAGAUGAACAUAUAAAAGUAAUCAUUUCACUGCUAGAAAAACAUGGGCGAGAUCCAAGAGUUUUAGAUGUACUUUGUUCACUUUGUGUUGGUAAUGGUGUAGCAGUCCGUAGCUCACAAAACAACAUCUGUGAUUUCCUUCUGCCAGGAAAAAACUUGCUUCUACAAACGCAACUUGUGGAUCAUGUUGCCAGUGUCAGGCCAAAUAUUUUUGUGGGUCGAGUCGAAGGUUCUGCUGUUUAUCAGAAAUGGUAUUUUGAAGUGACUUUAGAUCAUAUGGAGCAAACCACCCAUAUGACACCGCAUCUAAGAAUUGGCUGGGCUAACACUUCUGGUUAUGUUCCCUUUCCUGGCGGUGGUGAAAAAUGGGGCGGUAAUGGAGUUGGUGAUGAUCUCUACUCUUUUGGUUUUGAUGGAGCUGCAUUAUGGACAGGUGGACGAAAAACUGUAGUCCUUCCUCAUGCUAUGGAACCUUACAUAAGAAAGGGAGAUGUUAUUGGUUGUGCUUUCGAUCUGACUGUUCCAAUUAUUACAUUUACUUUUAAUGGAACAUUAAUCCGAGGAUCAUUUAGGGAUUUUAAUCUUCAAGGAAUGUUCUUUCCAGUUAUAAGCUGUUCCUCAAAACUUAGUUGUCGUUUUUUACUGGGAGGUGAUCAUGGAAGAUUAAAAUAUGCACCUCCUGAAGAAUUUUCUCCUCUCGUUGAAAGUUUGCUUCCUCAACAAGUGCUUUCUAUUGAUCCAUGUUUUUAUUUUGGCAACCUGAAUAAAUGUGUAUUGGCUGGUCCUUAUCCUGUUGAAGAUGAUUGUGCUUUUGUUCCAGUUCCAGUUGACACAUCUAUGGUAAAUUUACCCGUUCAUGUUGAUACGAUACGUGAUCGUUUAGCUGAAAACAUCCAUGAAAUGUGGGCUAUGAAUAAAAUUGAAGCAGGAUGGAUUUAUGGAGAUGUAAGAGAUGAUAUAAGAAGAAUACACCCAUGUCUUGUGCAAUUUGAAAAAUUACCUCCAGCAGAAAAGCGAUAUGACACUCAACUUGCUGUUCAAACUUUAAAAACCAUCAUUGCACUGGGCUACCAUAUAACAAUGGAAAAACCACCAUCUAGAAUAAAGAACAUUCGUUUGCCGAAUGAACCAUUUUUACAAUCUAAUGGUUACAAGCCAGCUCCUCUUGAUCUCAGUGCCAUAACACUAAUACCUAAAAUGGAGGAACUUGUUGACCAACUCGCUGAAAAUACUCACAACUUGUGGGCAAAAGAAAGAAUCCAACAAGGCUGGACCUAUGGUCUUAAUGAGGAUCCUGAUUUGUCCCGAAGUCCUCACCUCGUCCCUUACAGUAAAGUUGAUGAUUUAAUUAAAAAAGCCAACAGGGAUACCGCAAGUGAAACUGUCAGGACUCUUCUUGUUUAUGGUUAUAAUUUAGACCCUCCUACAGGUGAACAAACUGAAGCUCUCUUAGCAGAAGCAAGCCGUUUGAAGCAGAUGCAGUUUAGAACCUAUCGGGCUGAAAAGACAUAUGCAGUAACCAGUGGCAAAUGGUAUUUUGAAUUUGAAAUUCUUACUGCUGGGCCUAUGAGAGUAGGUUGGGCCAUUGCUGAUUAUAAUCCAGGUUCCCAGAUCGGAAGUGAUGAAGCAUCCUGGGCAUAUGAUGGUUAUAAUGAGGAAAAGGUUUAUUCUGGGGUUGCUGAAACGUUUGGAAGACAAUGGCAAGUUGGAGACGUUGUAGGAGUUUUUCUUGAUCUAUUGGAUCAUACUAUUAGUUUCUCUCUAAAUGGUGAGCUGCUUAUGGAUGCACUUGGGGGAGAAACAUCUUUUGCAGAUGUUCAGGGAGAAGGAUUUGUUCCAGCAUUUACACUUGGAGUAGGACAAAAAGCAAAAUUAGUGUUUGGGCAAGAUGUUAACUCACUUAAGUUCUUUACUACCUGUGGUUUGCAAGAAGGUUAUGAACCUUUCUGUGUAAACAUGAACAGGGCAGUUACCUUUUGGUACACCAAAGAUCAUCCUAUAUUUGAAAAUACUGAUGAUUAUAUUGAUACUAAAAUUGAUGCAACUCGUAUUCCUGCUGGUUCUGACACACCACCAUGUCUUAAAAUUAGUCAUAAUACUUUUGAGACAAUGGAAAAAGCCAAUUGGGAAUUUCUUAGACUUUCUUUACCUGUUCAAUGUUUACCAUCAUUCAUAAAUGAACAAGAAAAAGUACGUAGGUGGCAAGAAAUAAGGAUAAGACAACACAGACUUCUUGUGGAAGCUGACCAAACCACUCCUGCUCACAUUGAACAGAUUAUGAAGUCUGGUUUUAGUAUGAGUGAUAUUAAGGGUCUUCAAAGAAGUUAUACAGAAGAUGGAAUGGAAGGAGAAGAAGGAUUGGCACCAAGCUCAUCACCACUUACAAGGACUAAGUCAAAAGUGACUCCAGCUCGUCCACCUAGGAAAGGCUCCUUACCACGAAAUGGAGAUGUUAUUAAUAUGAACGGGACAUUAGAACCAGGUGGAGGAAAAAUGAACCGUUCUAAUAGUGAGCUUGAUUUCCAACGUUUCAAUGGUGAAAUGCCCGAUGGCGAUAACAAGAAAAAGCGUGGGAGAUCUCCAUUUAGGUUCUUUUCAAGAAAAAAGGGGGAGCGUGAUACUAGUGGAGAAAAUGCAAAAAAUGUACAUAUGUCUGAGCCUAUGGGUAAUUUCCUUGAGCCUCCAAGGACUCCAAUGCAGCAAAGAGGUGGAAGUGCUCUGCGUUCUUCUCCUCAACCUAAAGUACAGGAGUUAACUAAGCCACCAUCCCCAUUAGUUGAAAGAAGUGGACCCAAAGCAAUGUCUGUGCCUGUUGGAACUGGCAUCGAAACUAUUGGAAAUGAAAUAUUUGAUGUAGAGUGUUUGAAAUUGAUUAAUGAAUACUUCUACGGUGUCAGGAUAUUUCCAGGUCAAGACCCAACUCAUGUAUAUGUCGGUUGGGUUACAACUCAAUUCCAUCUACGUAGUAAAGACUUUAAUCAGAAUCGAGUGCUAAAGAGCACUGUAGUAGUAUGUGAUGAAUUCAAUCGUGUAAUAGACAGUAUUCAGCGGCAGAGUUGUUUUAUGGUAAGAGCUGAUGAAUUAUACAAUCAAGUAACUCAGGAUGCCUCUGGUAAAGGUGCUUCACAAGGAAUGUUUAUUGGAUGUUUCCUGGAUACUGCAACUGGUUAUGUGACGUUCACAUGUGAAGGAAAAGAAACUAACCACAAGUAUAAGAUGGAACCUGAUACAAAAUUAUUUCCAGCUAUAUUUGUUGAAGCUACAAGCAAAGAAAUUCUACAAAUUGAGCUUGGUCGUACAUCAACUACACUGCCUUUAUCAGCAGCUGUUCUCCAAAAUUCAGAAAGACAUGUCAUUCCUCAGUUUCCACCAAGACUUAAAGUUCAGUGUCUAAAACCACAUCAGUGGGCACGUGUUCCUAAUAUUUCAUUGCAUGUCCACGCUCUGAAAUUAUCAGAUAUAAGAGGUUGGAGUAUGCUUUGUGAAGAUCCAGUUUCAAUGUUAGCAUUACAUAUACCUGAAGAAGAUAGAUGUAUUGAUAUUUUAGAACUUAUUGAAAUGGACAAACUACUUUCAUUCCAUGCUCAUACAUUGACACUUUAUGCAGCACUAUGUUACCAAUCCAAUUAUCGUGCAGGACAUGUUCUCUGCAAACAUGUAGACCAAAAGCAACUUCAGUAUGCUAUUAGGUCUGAAUAUAUAUCUGGACCUUUACGCUUGGGAUUUUAUGACCUCUUGAUUGCUUUACACAUUGAAUCACAUGCAACAACAAUGGAAGUUUGUAAAAAUGAAUUCAUAAUACCCCUUGGUCUAGACUUGAAAGAUUUAUAUGAAGAUCCAGAUAUGAAGCACAGCUUACGAUCUUUAAAAACUGUCUCUAUUUUACCUCAAAUGAGUAUGACAGACAUUACGGAAAAUAUUGAAAGCAUCAAUACAUUAUAUAGUCCUUAUUUUCCUCUUGAUGCAGUUAAGGAUUAUGGAAUGACUGCAUUAGAAGAGGCUGUAAGCAUGAAUCAACUUCACAAUAGAGACCCUGUAGGUGGUUCAAAUGAAAACUUGUUUCUACCCUUGUUGAAACUGGUAGAUAGAUUAUUGCUUGUUGGGAUACUACGAGAUGAAGAUGUUACAAAGCUACUAAUUAUGUUUGAUCCUGAAACUUGGGAUUCAAAUUUUGAAAAGGAUGGCAAAGAUGAACAUCGUAAGGGUUUACUUCAAAUGAAAAUGGCAGAGGGGGCAAAACUACAGAUGUGCUAUCUCUUACAGCAUUUAUGCGAUAUACAAUUGCGUCAUCGGGUUGAAGCCAUUAUUAAUUUUAGUUAUGACUAUAUUGCUGAUCUUCAGCAGGAUCAGUUGAGAAGAUAUGUUGAUAUUAAGCAGUCUGAUCUUCCAUCAUCAGUUGCUGCAAGAAAAACAAGAGAGUUUCGUUGCCCUCCAAGAGAACAGAUGAAUGCUAUCAUAAAUUUUAAAAAUUUAGAAGAAGAUGACAAAGAAAACUGUCCAUGUGGUGAAGAACUGAGGGAGAGAUUAAACACAUUUCAUGAAGAAACUAUGAGUAAAGUUUCACUUGUUGCUCUCCAAGAGCCACAAGAAGAUGAGAACGGUGAAACACCAGAAAAGCCGGGUGUUUUCAAAAAAUUAUACAAUUUUAUUAAUGCUGUUAAAGAAUUGGAAGAACCUCCUAAAAUAGAAGAAGAACCUGUUAAGAAAACUCCUGAAGAAAUAUUUAGAAAAGUAUUAAUUAGUACAAUUGUUAGAUGGGCUGAAGAAUCCCAGAUUGAAACACCAAAAUUAGUCAGAGAAAUGUUCAGUCUAUUGGUAAGGCAGUACGACACUGUAGGUGAAUUAAUCAGAUCUCUUGGAAACACUUAUGUGAUAAAUGACAAAACGAAAGAAGAUGUAGCUCAGAUGUGGGUAGGGUUGAGCCAGAUCAGAGCUCUCCUACCUGUUCAAAUGUCUCAAGAUGAAGAAGGUCUUAUGCGAAUGAGGCUAUGGAAAUUAGUUAACAAUCACACAUUCUUUCAACAUCCUGAUUUGAUUAGAGUUCUUCGUGUUCAUGAAAAUGUUAUGGCUGUUAUGAUCAAUACCUUGGGUAGAAGAUCACAAGCACAAUCUGAUGCUUCUCAAGCUGGUCAAGAAGGUGAACCUGCAGCUAAGGAGAAAGAUACGUCCCAUGAAAUGGUGGUAGCAUGUUGUCGUUUCCUGUGUUAUUUUUGCAGAACUUCACGUCAAAAUCAGAAAGCAAUGUUUGACCAUUUAACAUUUUUAUUAGAAAACAGUAAUAUUUUACUUUCAAGACCUUCACUUAGAGGAAGUACCCCUCUUGAUGUUGCCUAUUCCUCUCUCAUGGAAAAUACCGAACUGGCAUUAGCUCUUAGAGAACAUUAUUUAGAGAAGAUAGCUGUUUACUUGUCUCGCUGUGGAUUACAAUCUAAUUCAGAAUUGGUAGAAAAGGGUUACCCUGAUUUGGGUUGGGAUCCAGUUGAGGGAGAAAGAUAUUUAGACUUUUUACGCUUCUGUGUUUGGGUUAACGGUGAAAGUGUUGAAGAAAAUGCAAAUCUGGUUAUACGGCUCCUUAUACGUCGACCAGAAUGUUUGGGUCCUGCACUUCGUGGAGAAGGUGAAGGAUUACUGAGAGCAAUUAUAGAUGCUAAUAAGAUGUCUGAAAGAAUUUCAGAUCGCAGAAAAAUGAUGGAUGAACCUGAAAAUUCUGCCCAUCAUCAGUUUGAACAUCCACUUCCUGAGUCUGAUGAAGAUGAGGACUAUAUUGAUACAGGAGCAGCAAUACUGGCAUUCUAUUGUACUCUGGUCGAUCUUUUAGGUCGCUGUGCUCCAGAUGCUAGUGUGAUUGCUCAGGGAAAGAAUGAGUCUCUUAGAGCUAGAGCUAUUUUGAGAUCUUUAGUACCUCUUGAAGAUUUAUUUGGUGUCUUGAGUUUAAAGUUUACACUUACCAAUCCAGCUAUUGGAGAAGAAAGGCCAAAAAGUGAUAUACCAUCUGGUCUAAUACCAUCUCAUAAGCAAAGUAUUGUUUUAUUUUUAGAGAGAGUAUAUGGUAUUGAACAGCAAGAUCUCUUCUUCAGAUUACUCGAGGAAGCAUUUUUACCUGAUUUAAGAGCAGCAACUAUGCUAGAUAGAACUGAUGGUUCUGAAUCAGAAAUGGCAUUAGCUAUGAAUCGCUAUAUUGGAAAUUCUAUUCUCCCUUUGUUGAUAAAGCAUUACCAGUUUUAUAGUGGUGCAGAUAACUAUGCAAGUCUUUUAGAUGCUACACUUCAUACAGUGUAUCGCCUAUCAAAAAAUCGAAUGCUAACUAAAGGUCAGCGAGAGGCAGUAUCAGAUUUUUUGGUUGCUCUCACAAGUCAAUUACAGCCAAGCAUGUUACUCAAACUUCUUCGAAAGUUAACCGUUGAUGUAUCAAAGCUUUCUGAGUAUACCACAGUUGCUUUAAGGUUGCUUACUUUACACUAUGAGCGUUGUGCAAAAUAUUAUGGAACUACUGGUGGACAAGCUGGUGGAUCUAGUGAUGAAGAAAAAAGGCUCACUAUGUUACUCUUCAGUAAUAUUUUUGAUUCUUUAUCAAAAAUGGAUUAUGAUCCUGAAUUAUUUGGAAAAGCGCUUCCCUGCUUGAGUGCUAUAGGAUGUGCACUUCCACCCGAUUAUUCACUGUCCAAGAAUUAUGAUGAAGAAUGGUAUAGUUCAAAGGGUUCAGAACCGACUGAUGGGCCUUAUAAUCCACUGCCCAUCAAUACUUCUAUGGUUUCUCUAAAUAAUGAUUUAAACACAAUUGUUCAAAAAUUUUCUGAACAUUAUCAUGAUGCAUGGGCUAGUCGAAAAAUGGAAAAUGGUUGGGUAUAUGGUGAGCAGUGGUCUGACAGCUCUAAAACUCAUCCUCGUUUAAAACCUUAUACAUUGCUUAAUGAUUAUGAAAAAGAGAGAUACAAAGAACCGGUUAGAGAGUCAUUGAAAGCUCUGUUAGCUAUAGGAUGGAAUGUAGAGCAUACUGAAGUUGAUAUUCCUUCUAAUAACAGAGGAUCAUCAGUCAGAAGAUCUUCUAAAGCAAAUACAUCUGAUGGUUCAACACCAUUUAAUUAUCAUCCCAACCCGAUUGAUAUGACUAAUUUAACAUUGAGUAGAGAAAUGCAAAAUAUGGCAGAGAGGUUAGCUGAAAACUCACAUGAUAUUUGGGCAAAAAAGAAGAAAGAAGAACUUGUUUCAUGUGGUGGUGGUAUACACCCACAGCUUGUUCCAUAUGAUCUUUUAACAGACAAAGAGAAGAGGAAAGAUAGAGAAAGAUCUCAAGAAUUUUUGAAGUAUUUACAAUAUCAAGGAUACAAACUCCACAGGCCUACUCGAGGAAGUGCUGAUGAGCAGCAGGCCGCUGCAGCUGCUGCCACAGGAGAGUCCAGAUUUGCUUACAGUCUACUCGAGAAACUUAUACAAUAUACUGAUAAAGCUUCUAUUAAUAUGAAACUACUAAAGCCUUCUGGUACAUUCAGUAGACGCUCCAGUUUUAAAACUUGUUCAAGAGACAUCAAAUUCUUUUCCAAAGUGGUAUUGCUAUUGGUUGAGAAGUAUUUCAGCACUCACAGAAAUUACUUCAUUGCUGUUGCCACUGCUUCUAAUAAUGUAGGAGCAGCCUCUUUAAAAGAAAAAGAAAUGGUUGCCAGUUUGUUCUGUAAGCUUGCAAAUUUAAUUCGAACAAAGCUGGCUGCUUUUGGUGCAGAUGUUCGAAUUACUGUCCGUUGUCUACAAGUGCUAGUGAAAGCUAUAGAUGCCAAGUCGUUGGUAAAGAAUUGUCCUGAAUUUAUAAGGACUUCAAUGCUGACAUUUUUCAAUAAUACAGCUGAUGACUUAGGCCAAACUAUUCAGUGUUUGCAAGAGGGUCGUUACAGUCACCUUAGAGGCACUCAUCUUAAAACAUCUACUUCUUUAUUUUAUAUAAAUGAUGUUGUAUUACCUGUUCUCACUUCUAUGUUUGAUCAUUUGGCUGUGUGCGAUUACGGUAGCGAUUUGUUACUUGAUGAAAUUCAAGUGGCCUCAUAUAGAAUGUUGGGUAGUUUAUAUAAUUUAGGAAUUGAUCCAACUUUAACUCAUGACAGAAAAUAUUUAAAAACAGAAAUUGAAAGGCAUAGACCUGCCAUUGGUGCUUGUCUUGGUGCAUUUUCGUCAACAUUUCCAGUUGCUUAUCUUGAACCCCAUUUAAAUAAACAUAAUCAGUUUUCAUUAGUUAAUAGGAUUGCUGAACAUUCUCUUGAAGCACAGGAUAUUCUAGCUAGAAUGGAAAACACCAUGCCUACAUUGGAUGCGAUCCUUUCUGAAGUUGAUCAGUUCAUUGAAUCCGAAAAGAGUCAUACUUCAGCACCACAUGUUAUUGAUGUGAUUUUGCCUCUGCUUUGUGCUUAUUUGCCAAGUUGGUGGAGUCAAGGUCCUGAUAAUGUCAGUCUCACAGCAGGGAAUUAUGUAACAAUGGUUACUAGUGAUCAUAUGAAUCAACUCCUAAAAAAUGUACUAAAAUUAAUCAAAAAUAAUAUUGGAAAUGAAAAUGCUCCCUGGAUGACGAGAAUAGCAGCUUACACCCAGCAGAUCAUCAUAAACUCUUCUGAAGAACUGUUGAAAGAUCCAUUCCUUCCAUUAACACAAGUUGUUAAGAAGAGGAUAGACAAUAUGUUUCACCGUGAAGAAUCUCUUCGAGGAUUUCUAAAAUCUUCAACUGAAGAUACCUCUCAAGUUGAAGCAGAAAUUCAGGAGGGCUGGCAUCUUAUUGUUAGAGAUAUAUAUUCUUUUUACCCACUACUCAUUAAAUAUGUUGAUUUACAAAGAAAUCACUGGUUACGUAAUAAUAUUCCGGAAGCUGAAUACUUGUAUACUCAUGUUGCUGAUAUAUUUAAUAUUUGGUCUAAGUCACAGUACUUUCUAAAAGAAGAACAGAAUUUCAUAUCUGCCAAUGAAAUAGAUAAUAUGGCUCUAAUUAUGCCCACUGCAACUAGGAGAUCUGCAGUUGUUUUGGAUGGAACAGCUCCUGCUGGAGGUGGAAAGAAAAAAAAGAAGCAUCGUGAUAAGAAAAGAGAUAAGAAUAAAGAAAUCCAAGCAAGCUUAAUGGUAGCUUGCUUAAAACGUUUAUUACCAGUUGGUCUUAACCUAUUCGCUGGGAGAGAACAAGAGUUAGUUCAGCAUUGUAAAGACAGAUAUUUGAAGAAAAUGCCAGAAUAUGAAAUAGUGGAUUUUGCCAAAAUCCAAUUAACUCUUCCUGACAAAAUAGAUCCUGGAGAUGAGAUGUCUUGGCAGCAUUAUUUGUACUCAAAACUGGGAAAUAAAAAAGAUAUCAGCUCUGAAAAACCACAGCAAAUCGAUGAGGUAGUUGAUAGGAUUGUGGCUAUGGCAAAAGUUCUUUUUGGGCUUCAUAUGAUUGAUCAUCCACAACUACAGAGCAAGACACAAUACAGAUCUGUUGUAUCCACACAGAGAAAGCGUGCUGUCAUAGCUUGUUUCCGGCAACUAUCACUACAUGCCUUACCAAGGCAUCGAGUAAUUAACAUAUUUGCUCGUGCUUAUUGUGAGCUGUGGCUGCAAGAAGAGAAUGUUGGUCAAGAAAUUAUGAUUGAAGAUCUUACACAAACUUUUGAAGAUGCUGAAUUGAAAAAAAGAGAUUCUGAAGAAGAUGAAAGCAAACCUGAUCCACUUACCCAAUUAGUUACAACAUUUUGUCGGGGUGCAAUGACUGAAAGGAGUGGAGCUUUGCAAGAAGAUCCACUUUAUAUGUCCUAUGCAGAAAUUACUGCAAAAUCAUGUGGAGAAGAAGAAGAAGAAGGUGGAGAUGAGGAAGAAGGUGGAGACGAAGAAGGAGGGGCAUCUAUCCAUGAACAAGAAAUGGAAAAACAGAAACUCUUAUUCCAUCAAGCUCGGCUAGCCAACAGAGGUGUUGCAGAAAUGGUAUUGUUACAUAUUUCAGCUUGUAAAGGUGUUCCCAGUGAAAUGGUUAUGAAAACUCUCCAGCUAGGUAUUUCUGUUUUACGUGGUGGUAAUCUUGAUAUUCAAAUGGGUAUGCUAAAUCAUUUGAAAGAAAAAAAGGAUGUUGGAUUUUUUACUUCUAUAGCUGGCUUGAUGAACUCCUGCAGUGUGUUGGAUUUAGAUGCAUUUGAAAGAAACACAAAAGCUGAAGGCUUAGGAGUUGGUUCAGAAGGUGCUGCUGGUGAAAAGAACAUGCAUGAUGCUGAAUUCACCUGUACUCUUUUCAGAUUUAUUCAACUUACCUGUGAAGGGCAUAACUUAGAAUGGCAGAAUUAUCUUAGAACCCAAGCUGGAAAUACAACAACAGUUAAUGUUGUUAUUUGUACUGUUGAUUACCUUUUGAGAUUACAGGAAUCAAUUAUGGACUUCUAUUGGCACUAUUCGAGUAAAGAAUUAAUUGAUCCUGCUGGAAAAGCCAACUUUUUCAAAGCAAUUGGUGUGGCUAGUCAAGUAUUUAAUACACUCUCUGAAGUAAUUCAAGGGCCAUGCCCACAAAAUCAACAAGCUCUGGCUCAUUCAAGAUUGUGGGAUGCUGUUGGAGGAUUUUUGUUUCUUUUCUCUCAUAUGCAAGAUAAGCUAUCAAAACAUUCUAGUCAAGUAGACUUACUGAAAGAACUUUUGAAUUUACAGAAAGAUAUGAUAACAAUGAUGCUAUCAAUGUUGGAAGGUAAUGUUGUGAAUGGUACUAUUGGAAAACAGAUGGUAGACACAUUAGUUGAAUCUGCCUCAAAUGUGGAAUUGAUUUUGAAGUACUUCGACAUGUUUUUGAAAUUGAAAGAUUUAACAUCCUCUGCUAGCUUCUUGGAACUUGAUCCAAACCAUGAAGGCUGGGUAACACCUAAAGAUUUUAAAGAAAAAAUGGAACAGCAGAAAAGUUAUACUCCAGAAGAAAUAGACUUCAUGUUACAGUGCUGUGAAACCAAUCAUGACGGUAAAAUUGACUAUGUUGGCUUCACGGAUAGAUUCCAUGAGCCGGCCAAGGAAAUUGGUUUUAACCUAGCUGUUCUUCUCACAAAUUUAUCUGAGCAUAUGCCAAAUGAACCGAGACUUGCUCGCUUUUUAGAAACAGCUGGUAGUGUUCUUAAUUACUUUGAACCUUUCCUGGGACGAAUUGAAAUAUUAGGUAGUAGUAAACGAAUCGAGCGUGUAUAUUUCGAGAUUAAAGAAUCAAAUAUUGAACAGUGGGAAAAACCUCAAAUCAAGGAAUCUAAACGAGCAUUUUUCUAUUCAAUUGUCACUGAAGGAGGUGACAAAGAAAAAUUGGAAGCUUUUGUUAAUUUUUGUGAAGACGCGAUAUUUGAGAUGACACAUGCCAGUGGGCUUAUGGCAACUGAUGAUGGUACAGGUUCUGGAGGAGGAAAACAAAGAGCAUCCUCUUAUUCUUAUAUGGAAGAUGAAGAUGAAGAAAGGAAUCCAAUCAGACGUGGUUGGCAAGCAACUAAAGAUGGAAUUUACUUUAUGUUCUCAAUGUUAUCUCCUAGCAAUAUUAAACAUAAAAUUAUUGAAAUGCAGCAAAUGUCAAUUAUUGAACUAAUGAUUGGUUUUAUAAAACUAUUUUUCUACAUGUUUUAUUACUCAGGAUAUUCUGUAUCAGUUGUACUAAAGUAUAUUGGGGGUAUUAUAUUUUCAUUGAUGAGGGGACCACAAAUUGAAGAGCCAGUUGUAGAAGUUAAAGAGGAAGAAAAAUCUGGACCUCUGAGGAUAAUGCCUGCUUUGCCACCACCUGAAGAUAGCUCUCUGCUUCCAUCUGAUGGGUCAAGAGACAUGAAAAAAGAAGACAGUCAACCUCCAUCAAAAGUCAUAGAAGGGGCUAUUCCCAUAGAAGAAGGAGGUGAGAGGAGCUCAGAGGAACAUGCGGGAGACCAUGUAAAACCAGAAAAUGAAGAGCAACCUCCAACACCAACACUUGCUGAUAUAUUGGGUGGAGAAGCAGCAAGAAAAGAAGCAGCACAAAGAGCAGAAGUCGCUGCUGAACAAGAAGCAGUUAUGGCUGCUUUUGAGGCAGAAUCUAAAAUAGAAAAAGUUUCAGAGCCUUCUGCUGUCUCUCAAAUUGAUUUUAACAAGUAUACUCACCGGGCUGUCAGUUUCCUUGCUCGUAAUUUCUAUAAUCUUAAAUAUGUAGCAUUGGUUUUGGCUUUCUGCAUUAACUUUAUUUUACUGUUCUACAAGGUAACAACAUUGGGUGAAGAUGAUGAUGCUGCUAGCGGAGAAGGGAGUGUUGAACAACUAAUGGAAGAAUUAACAGGGGAAGGUGAUGAUGUGAGUGGCGGAGGAAGUAGUGGUGGAGAAAGUGGUGAAGAGGAUCCAAUUGAAAUGGUUCAUGUGGAUGAGGAUUUCUUUUAUAUGGCACACGUUAUGCGAUUGGCUGCAAUCCUACAUUCUCUUGUUUCUUUAGCUAUGUUGAUUGCAUAUUAUCAUUUGAAGGUCCCUCUAGCUAUAUUCAAGAGAGAAAAAGAAAUAGCUCGUCGACUUGAGUUUGAUGGUUUGUACAUUGCUGAGCAACCAGAAGAUGAUGAUAUUAAAUCACAUUGGGAUAAACUGGUUAUCUGUGCAAAAUCAUUUCCUGUUAAUUACUGGGAUAAAUUUGUGAAGAAAAAGGUUCGACAGAAAUACAGUGAAACUUAUGACUUUGAUUCAAUAAGUAAUCUUUUGGGAAUGGAAAAAACAUCUUUCAGUGCCCAAGAUACUGAAGAAGGAUCGGGACUUAUUCAUUACAUUUUGAACUUUGACUGGAGGUAUCAGCUUUGGAAAGCAGGAGUCACAAUCACAGAUAAUGCAUUUUUGUACAGUUUAUUAUACUUCAUCUUUUCAAUUUUGGGAAACUUCAAUAACUUUUUCUUUGCUGCCCAUUUACUUGAUGUUGCAGUUGGUUUUAAAACAUUGAGGACUAUUUUGCAAUCAGUCACACACAAUGGAAAACAGCUUGUAUUGACUGUAAUGCUGCUAACCAUCAUAGUAUACAUCUAUACUGUCAUUGCUUUCAACUUCUUCCGAAAAUUUUAUGUCCAAGAAGAGGAUGAGGAAGUGGAUAAAAAAUGCCACGAUAUGUUAACUUGUUUUGUAUUCCACCUUUACAAAGGAGUUAGAGCUGGUGGUGGUAUUGGUGAUGAGAUUGAACCUCCUGAUGGUGAUGAUUAUGAAGUUUACAGGAUAAUGUUUGAUAUUACGUUUUUCUUUUUUGUUAUUGUCAUCUUGCUAGCCAUCAUUCAAGGUUUGAUCAUUGAUGCAUUUGGUGAAUUGAGAGAUCAGUUAGAAAGUGUAAAAGAAGACAUGGAAUCUAACUGCUUCAUUUGUGGGAUAGGAAAAGAUUAUUUUGAUAAAGUUCCCCAUGGUUUUGACACUCAUGUUCAACAAGAACAUAACUUGGCUAAUUACAUGUUCUUUCUUAUGCAUCUGAUUAACAAGCCAGAUACUGAAUACACAGGUCAAGAAACCUAUGUCUGGAACAUGUAUCAGCAACGUUGUUGGGAUUUCUUCCCAGUUGGUGACUGUUUUCGUAAACAGUAUGAAGAUGAACUGGGAGGUGGUGGUGGUUAA